AUGAAUGGCCCAGAAGCUUUCAGACGGUUUGCUCAACAGGUCCAACGUGCAAGCCAAGGCGGUGGCGGUCGUAUGCCCAGCGGCAAGGGGCUUACCGCUGGAGGUGGUCUGUUGAUCGCUCUCAUAGGCGGAGGUCUCGCGCUUAACGCAAGCUUGUUCAAUGUUGAUGGUGGUCACCGUGCUAUCAAAUACACACGGUUGAACGGUGUGACAGAGACCGUCUACCCUGAAGGAACUCAUCUCAUGAUCCCCUGGUUCGAGACACCUAUCGUCUUCGACAUACGUGCAAAGCCACGUAACAUCGCCAGUCUCACAGGCACAAAAGAUCUCCAGAUGGUCAACAUCACAUGUCGUGUACUGUCAAGACCCAACCCCAGUUCGUUACCUACAAUCUACCGCGAGCUCGGCACGGACUACGACGAGCGUGUACUCCCUUCAAUUGUAAAUGAAGUCCUGAAAAGCGUGGUAGCACAGUUCAACGCCAGUCAGCUGAUCACACAACGAGAAAUGGUGUCUCGGCUUGUACGCGAGAACUUGACUCGCCGCGCAUUGCGGUUCAAUCUCGUGCUGGAUGACGUCUCAAUUACGCACGUUGCAUUCUCACCAGAGUUCACGCACGCUGUGGAGGCGAAACAAGUCGCACAACAAACCGCCCUUCGGGCCGCUUUUCUCGUUGACCAGGCCAUUCAGGAGAAGCAGUCAAUCAUCGUCCGGGCACAGGGCGAAGCCCAGAGCGCUGAGCUCAUCGGAGACGCGGUGCGGUCGAACAAAGGGUUCCUGCAAUUGCGUCGCCUCGAGGCGGCGCGUGACAUCGCGAAUCUCCUUGCAGCAUCAGGAAACCGGGUGAUGCUUGACUCGCACAGUCUGCUUCUGAAUGUCACGGAAGAUGCGAGUGAUCUCCUUCAGUUCAACAAGAAGAAGUGA